CGGUCUCCAGUCAGCCGCGCGCGGAUUGAGUCAAGUGAACCUACCGAGAGGUGGUGUUGACCGACCGCAGCAGGUUUUCCACCGAGAAACCUGAUAAAUAUCACUUCUUAAGGCAACUGACAGCAACACUAGGACCUUACAUUACUAACGGAAGGGUCGGCGGAGCCAGAGUUUGAGGUGAAGCGGCAGAGAGAAGAAAGUAAAUCCCGGAGGGAAAGCGCCCGAAGUGAGCUCUAGGAUACAAGCUAAUGCUAACUCUGCUAGCUACUGCUACAUAAUUUUACGGAAACUCGUGUCAUUUUAUCAGUCACCUGCUUUGACAUAGCCACUGUGGUCACAUAGUAGAUAGUUGGGGGGGAAAUUAUUAAGUUAUUUUUGUUUACUUAUUAAGAAUAGUGAGGUCUGUUGCCUUAACACUUUAGGCCAUAAGCGACUGGUACUCCAUUAGCCAGAUUAGCUCCUCCAGCAGCCGGUCUGAUUGAGGUUACACCGGCUCUGCUGGGCUCAGGACAGCUGAUACUGCUAAAGAUAGUUCGCUUUCAGGACCCACUAUCAGUGUUAAUAAGUUAGCCUACGUUUGGUACUGUCUAAGCCUUGUGCUUCGCAAUGCUGAAACAACAGCAGCAACCCGGCUCAGGCGGGAGAAAGGCAUCUAACGGAACCUCGGGCCCCGGCGGGAUGUCUUCCCCGGUCAGCGGCAUCAACAGCGGCAGCAGGACACCGGCCGGGAGGUGAGUUGAUGCGGGGUUUCCCAACAGGACAGGCCGGGGAUUGCCCUGUAACUCAAAGGCCUACCGGUUAAAGCGCUGAAUCCAGUGGGUGUGUCUGGGAAAGAGAGCUGUAAUCCAGACCAAUGGGAAAAGUCUGUCUUAGAUUGACAGGUUGUUGGGCCUAUCAGAAUCCUCAAAGUGAGCCUCAGCUCGAUAGUGUGGUGGAUUCAAGUUUGGUUUAAGCGAAUUAGCAUACAAGGGAAACAAAGUUUUUCGGGCCUGUCAAUACAAGAAAAAGGACAAUGUGUUUUAGAAAAAGGGCAUAUUCUCAUCAACACGUGGUUUUAUCCGAAAGUAACUCAAAAUACAGCUCCUUUGUUAAUUACAUAGAAUAUUUUUGGCCACCACAAGGUCACAUUUUAUCCUGAAGACGAACGUGUAUUUGCAAAUACAUCGCGUUCUUUUUAAAAAUGUAAUUUUAUCAUUGACUUUAAAUUCAUAUCCCUAUCUGGGCAAUGCAGCAUCUAUUUGGAAAAAUCUUCACACAUUAAUUGCGAAAAAUAAAGACUAAAAUCCAACUCAAUUGCUCUUAAAAAUUAGAUAAAUAUUGCCAUUAUGAUUAUGAUGCACAUCAUGUCACUCUUAUAUGACCCUUUUGUAAUAUUAAAUUUGCAUUUUAGGUUUGACAAAUGACAAAACAUCCCUCAUGUUUUUAUAACUGAAGACAUAGAUCUUUAAAUUCCUGUUAUAUAUGUUUUUUGGCUCCUUUAACUGAAAGAUUUUCGACAUCUGAGUUUUUUGAUAAUAUCCUGGAUUAAAGUAUGACAAAUUAUAUGCCUGUGUUGUGAGCUUUAAGGUUUGUAGGUUAAAUUUUGGUUAGAGGAAGAGUUGGAAGUGCCUGUCAAGUACAACUGGGCGAUUUGGCCCAAAAGAUGAUCACAAUACACUUUGUCAUAUUGUCCGACCUCGAUUAUUAUCCCGAUUUUUUUUUUUAACUGCCAGUUUUAAAGCAUAUGUAGUUCAAACUAAAAACUAAGUAGAUAAAUACUUAAUAAGACGUUAAAUAACUUUUCUUCUCCACAAUAACAUCUUUGGAGGAUGACUCAAAGUCACGGCUGACAUUUCUUUUACUGCCCUCAGCUCCAUCACUCUGUUUACUUCUCCAGCAACUUACAGAAGUGAGCAGGAAAAGCUCGACUCUGAUUGGCUGUCGUGAUGCACAUUUUUGCCAAGUUUGAUCGAGUAAAUAAGCUUGCAGCUGAUCACCGUGAUCGAACUGAAAUUUAUCACGAUCAUUAAUCCCGAUCAUAUAGUCGCCCAGUCCUACUAUGAAGUAUGCAUUUUCAACAGUCUUCCUAACUGCUAAGGGUUCACCCUUUGAGCUUCUUUCCAACUAGCAAAAUUCUAUAUGAAAUGAUGAGCGCACACCUGCUCUACCCUGGCAGAUUUCAAAACAAAUAUAACUCCUUAAGUUUUUGACAGAAAAACACUUCUUAAUUUUGAUUUUUCUUCCAGGAAUCGCCCAUCUGCAAAGCCAUCAUUCCAGUCAUCUUCUGUAAGUAUACUGAUUGAUACAUCAGCAUCAAACACACUUCUAAAUUAUGCGCUUUUUGAUGAUGCAAGGAGCAUUCAAAAGUCCCAUUUGAACACAUUUAUCAACGAGAUAUGAUGUAACACUUGUAAAUAUAAAGACAAAAUCAACAUGCUUGUUUCUCAAUUCACCAUUCAUUGAAGUGUAAGGAUGUCUUACUCUAACGAAGUUAUUGAAAUACAUAACAAGAGUGACGUAUGUUGUGGUUGGAGUGAGCUGUCACACUGUAUCACAAUGGCAUUGAUUUAAAUGUUGAAAACAUGGCUUUUUCAUUGGGACUGAUGGAUGGAUGUUCAAACCUUCUCCAACCUGCAGGGGUUUGAUGGUGUGUACAACAAUGCUAGAAUGCUUCAUUUCCUCACAGCUGUUGUGGUGAGUCAUUUGUCUUGUUACUAAUUUUCCUCUCAUCAGGAUGACGGUUUCAUGAUGCAAACAUUUCAAUCUCACCAUUGAUUAUAGUUGUUAAGAUUGAGAUAUGUCUUACCUCCUGUAGAGUAAUGUUUUCUCCUUGAUCUCUGUGUCAUGUUUUCAUUCAUUUUGACUUUGACUUUGUCGUUUCGUUUAUAUCCUGUGUAGUUCAAUGGUUUUCUCACAUGUGUUUUAUCUUCUUUCUGUCCUUAGGGUUCCACCUGCGACAUUAGAGUGAAGAAUGGCAGUGUAUUUGAAGGCAUUUUCAAGACUCUCAGUUCUCGGGUAAGAAGCUCAUGUUGAGCACAAAGAAACGCAUUUCCCUCCCCAACCAAAUUAACGAAACACCGCAAGAAAUCCUUUGGUAAUCUGCGUAUAAUAGACUCAUUAGGAGAAAAAAUUAUGCAUUUCCUUUGCUUGUUAAAUGUCUGCGCUGCAAGUUCAUUCAGUUCUCUGCUGCCGUUCAAAUAUUUGUUCAGUGUGAGUUGGCUGUGGACGCUGUACACAAACGCACGGAGGAGGAGGGCUCGACAUCAGCUCCGCCACGAAGGGAAGACAUCACCGACACUAUGAUCUUCAGCCCGUCAGACCUGGUCACUAUGAUCUGUCGUGAUGUUGAUCUAAACUUCGCCACCAGAGGUACAAACUACACACAAUGCAAGCUAUUUACAGACAUGCAGUUCAUUUGAAGCAAAGAUGUAUUCUGGUGGAUCUUCCUUUUAAAAGACAACAGGACCUUGUGUUUUACUUAGCAUUAGAUUGUGGGUAAGCUAAGAGCAUUAUUCAUAUAUAGUAGACAAUGAUCAAGUGCAGAGUUCUCUGAACAAGGAGUGAAGUGUUUGAGUCGCCUGAGCAAAAGCCCUGAAUGGUGUGAUUGUUUCGAGCUUGUGGGGAAAAGGAGAGAAAAAUUACUUUAUUCAAACCCGGGGCUUUACUAGGGUCUAUUGUUGUUCGAAAACAGAAAACGGUACUAAUAUUUCAUGAUUUGAGAUCAAUCUGGCUGUAGAAAGCAAGAUUUUUAUUCAUGUGUUUAUUCUCUUUGAUUUAGACACCUUCACAGACACAGCCAUCAGCUCCAGCCGCGUCAACGGGGAACACAAAGAGAAGGUUCUGCAGAGAUGGGAAGGAGGAGACAGCAACGGAGAGAGCUACGAUCUAGAAAAUGAUGCAGUGAGUUCAUAAUAUAAAGAAGAACACAAUUUAUUUAUAGUUACUGACACCUCUGAAGUGAAUUAAAACCAUAACAUGCUGCUUUUGUUGUAUGCGCUCUAAGAAUUUAGCUUCUUAUUGAGUUGAAUUUUCAUUCCUCUGUAUUUUGCAACAAGUUGACCAAUAAUCUGAUUUGGUUUGCAAUCUAAUGUGGUGUAAGUAAUGGUAUGUAAAUCAGGAGUAAUAACUUGAGGUAAUAAUUAAGAAGCAUUAUUAGGUUUUCAUGAUUUCCUCACUUUCAAUCCUUUCAUCUCUUUUUCUCUUUGUCUUCAGUCUAAUGGCUGGGAUGCCAAUGAGAUGUUCCGUUACAAUGAAGUGAAAUAUGGAGUCACAUCAACAUAUGAUUCCAGCCUCGCCAUGUAUACGUAAGUCUCUGUAUUAACAACUAGUAAAUAAUCGCUACAAUAAGUCUAAAAUAGAACUGUAAAAAAAAAAGCAUAGAUUAAUGAACAAAAGUGAAUGUGCUCACAAAUAUAAAUGAUAAUAUCUCAGUAGUUUUCUGACAGAAUAUAAUGGUUUUAACUUUUACCAAAACACUUGUUAGAUUCCAGAUGAUCUUGGCAGUCAGAAAAACUUAAACUUGAGCAUAAAAGAAAAUGACUUUAAUACAGAUGAUGUCUGAAACUGGACAGAUAGAGGGUAAACCUGGAGUCUGAGUUUAUAGAAAAACUGUGUGUAAAACAAUUACCUUUACUUAAAGCAGAUACUUUUUUGAAAUAGGGUUAUUUUAAUUUUGUUCUACUUUUUUGGGCUUGCUGACCCUAUUUUGUUUGCUUGCACUACUUCUCUCCUGAAAUCUAGAGUUCCGCUGGAGAAGGGCAACUCCGAUGUCUAUCGUCAGAGAGAGGCAAGGGCUGCUCGCCUCGCCAGCGAGAUUGAGUCCAGCCCACAGUAUCGCCAUCGUGUCAACCUGGAAAAUGACGAGUGCAAAACGGAGGAGGACAAGUACAGCGCUGUGGCACGGGACAGCAGCGAUCGUGAAAGGGGGCGUGAUAGCCCCCGUGACAGAGAGCGUGAAAGAGGCCGAGACAGCCCCGGGGCUGGCAGCAGGUGAAGGGGGGUGGGGUGAUUUGUAUGGCAUGUAUAUUGUCGUGUUUCUCUCUGUAUAGAUUGUAGAAAACAAUCAGUGCAACAUGAUCCGCAGACAGUUGCCACUAAUAACAUUAACUUUUGCUCAUUUCUAUCACGGUGUCCCAGAAAACCACGACAGAGUGACAGUGUGUCAGCAUGCUCUAAAUCUAAGACCCUGAAACUGAAGCAUCUGAAUGAAAUAUCGUCUACGUGAACAAAAGUCUCUGCUAAAAGAAACUGUAACAUUGUGAUCUUAUUAGUUACACAAGCAAAAUAAUUACCUCAAAACCAUGAUUGUCAUUGUUUUUUCUGCCCUAUUAAACCGUAUCCAAGAAGUCUUGAAAGCCAGCAUGUAUGUUGCCAUGAGAGCCGGUAUCCAAUCAGUGUUGAGUGUUAUAAAAAUGAAACCUGUGAGACAAACCAGAGGGAGCCAAACAAACUGGAGAUUUUUGAAAAUACAGGAAAUGGCCCAUUUAUCAGCAGCUGUUUAGAGAGAGAGAAAACAGUGUAUAAUCUUGGGCAAUACUUUGUUUGCAGCAGUAUGUAGAAGAUCUCUUGUGUUUAAUUUCUGAGAAUGCCUUGAGUGUUUUUCACCUUUUAAGAAUCCUGGUCUUGAGAGUUCAGUUAUAUCACACGCUCAUUUCAAGCUCUGUGAACUCCAGAACAGCUCUUAAACUGAGAUCACUUUGUCACUGCUGCCUGUGAAGAAUAUUUCUAAAAGUAAACUAGUUCCUUCAAAGUUUUGCUGCAUCUUUAGGUUUACGUUCUUUUACCUGUUGAGUAUGUGUUGACUCUGUGUUUCAUCAUUGCCCUCUUCCAGGGAGGGGAAGUAUAUUCCAUUACCUCAACGUCAGAGAGAGAUGAACCGGGAGCGAGCUGAGAGAGGUCCCGGUGGGCCUCCAUCUCACAACCGACUGAGCGGGGGUUAUCGCUCCAACCCUCCAUCCUCCUCUUCCCCCAGACCCCCACUCCCCUCUGCUGCUGGACCUCAGCCUGGUGCCUCUCCGUCAGAGAGGAGCAGCCCUCUGUCAGGCCGUGGAGGGGCGUUCGCUCCGCACCAUCCCCAGGGGAGCGCCAGCCCAGGUCCAGGCUCUGGCCCAUCAAGCCCGUACACACCUGCCUCACCAGCCACGGCUGCUACUGCCGCCCCAUCCUCAGCCAGCCCCCCUGCCCCACAUGGACACACAGUCCCUCAUUCCCAGUCACUCCCACACUCGCUAUCUGAUGCUGGCCGGCCUGUAAAUGGAGGUUAGACUGUAAAAUGUGAUUACAAAGAGUUUUAAUAGCAGCUGCGCAACAGGGAAAUGAAGGUUUGAUUGUUUUUGCUUUUCAGUUUCUGCCAGAACGUCUCCCAAAACCCAAAGACCUCCACAGUCGAGCAGAACAGUCCGCACUUCAAACUCACAUUCUCAGUCUACAGGUUCAUUCAAUUAACUGUGCCGUUACAAGAUCCCCUUCUUCAUUAUUGAUGGUUUUUGCCACAGACUUAACCUUCUCCUUUUUUCUGUCCUGUCCUUGCAGCCACCCGCUCUCCUAAAUCAGGUUCUUCCCAGGACACGCCUUAUUUGGACACGUCGUCUGUUUCCCUGCCUGCACAGAAGACGUCUGGCCCUGCCCCUCUUUUCACCGUUGAUGGUAAUGUCUCUCGUCUGCUCUUUCAAAUAAAGUCAAAACCAUUAUUUUCUAACAUGAUGUGAACUUCAUUCUUCGCCUCAGAGUAAUCAGUCACAGGUACUAAAGGUGAGAUCACAUGAAGCACUGCAACUAAUUAGUUUCUUUUGUCUUUACAGUAAAUGAAAUCCUCGGUGAGGCAGCAAAAGAGCGUUCCGCUGCGAGCCCGAGCAGCACAGAGGAAGGGAAGGGUAGUAAAGGUGCGGACUAUAGAUUGGUACAAAUCAAAAAGUGCAAACAAGUUUAUUUGCAUUCGGGUCUUUGAAAUCACAUUUCGCCCACUUCAGCGUGUACAAAGUUGCACGGCUUGUUUGUUUUCAGUCACAGCUCCCAGUAAAUUUACAGUUUCAUUAACCUUUGUUUCCCUUUCCUUUCCACCAGCUCCCUCUGUUCAGCAGAGGUCGCAGAUUGAGGAGCUGCGGAAAUUCGGCAAGGAAUUCAGGGUAAGAGUUCAGUCGCCUGUCCAUCAAGCGUGAAAUGAGAAAAUCUGUGAACAAUCAAGACAGUGACUGGAGACAACACUGAUGUUUGGUGACUUCUUUACCUCGUCAAAACCACCGGCCACUCCUGAAGAUAAUUUCUAAAAGUCAUGCUAUUUAAAAAAACAAAAAAAAGGCUAAAACUAAAGCUACUAUAGGUAGAGCCUUUAGUCUUUGCUGUAAAUCUAAGGUUUUAUUUUGAACAUCAUGACAAUUUAAGUUCUGUGGAGACAUUUUUACAUCAUGUUUGCCAUUUUAGAGCAACAUGUUCAUCAUGUACAGUUUCAAGUCAUUUUCCUCAAAUUGAUACAUUAUGCGCGUCUUCAUUGACUGUUUUGAACUUUAAAAAUGUCAGCCAAGGACAUGUAGAGUCAAAGGACAGGGAUGUUUUAAAAAUAGACAUCAUGAUAAAAACCUGCGUCUUUUAACUUUGACUGCAAAUAUUCCAGUUUAGUUCAUGUGUAUUACUUUAAAGACCAUUCAGGUCAGGAUGCUCUCAGCGUCUACGUUAAGUGUUGUAUCAAUCGAUAUAUAUUCAGUGUUGUGCCUUUUUGUGACUCUGCCGAAUAACAGGAAUUUCAGGCAUAAAAAUUCUGUCUCUCCAUUUUGAGUGGGCUACAUCAGUGUAUUGACUGAGUGCUGUUGUCACCAAGUCUUAGUCCUGUUUAUGGAUAUCAGCCUUUCUGCAAACAAUCUGGCCUUCGCUGAUUGUGAAGCAGAUUUAUUUAUGUGUUUUGUCUCAAAAGUUUUAAGUCAGUAAUCCCAUGAAAACAAAGAAAGUAUUUUGUUGAAUUAUAACCCUGUUGUGGUUCUAAAGGACAUGUUAUUUAUCCUCUAAUUUGUUUUAUUUCUUGUUUGUGUUGUGAGAAUAUUUAAGUUGAGUGUGCCAAUAUUGAAAACAGCUUCACUAAGUGUUUGGUUGUGAAGCUAAAGAGGCCUUUGAAGAAGUUGUAACAUGUUGAAAAAAGGUGUGGAAAAUUUGCUUAGUAACUUUGAGGUCCUCUCUAUUAUAUUUUGAUCAAAGAUGAAAUGAAACGAUAUGUGUUUUACCACCUCUGUUCACCUCUAAUCCUCUCUCCCCCUUCUUUCUGCAGCUCCAGGCAAGUGGUGGCAACUCCAGCUCCCCAAGCUCCCCGGCGGCAGCAACUCCUCCCGCCAUCAGCGAGGUCGCUCAAACAGCUGCUGCCAAAUCCUCGCCAUCAGACGCUCACCCUGCCUCAGAGUCCAAACCUCAGCCUGCAGCUCCCAGUCCUUCUCAGCCCCAACAGCAGCCCUCACCUGCCCCCACAGACGACAACACCAAGGAGACCACAGCUUCACCCUCCACCACAGCGAGCAUUUCAGACAGGCACUCGCCAGCAACCCCACAGCCGGCAAGGACCCCGGGAAGCGAAGAGGUCAGGUCUGAGACAGCUGAGAGGACAGAGGGCGUGACAGAGUGAGUGGAAAAAAACAAACCUCAAGACUUUGUUUAUAGUCUCCUGAUCACCACUUUUGUUAAAAUUCAUUUGGCCUUUUUUAAUUAAUCUUACAGCCAAGUGAAGAAAUCAACGUUAAACCCCAACGCUAAAGAGUUCAACCCCAUCAAGACUCAGAUGCCCAUGGUAAGCCAGUUUAUUCCUGUUGGAGUCGCCACAGUAACAUUGUUAAUGUAUGUUUUUCUUUACUUGAAAAUACAAUUUACGGAAAAUAAGCCCUGACUUCUUGUUGUUCCACAGACAAAGCCCAACACUGCGCCCACCCCACCAAGGCCCACUCCUCCGAGCCCUGUGGUCCUUCAGCACCCAGGUGGACAAGGACCCCUCUACAACACCCCCUAUCUGUCCUACGUGUCACAAAUCCAUUCUGUGCAGGUAUACAUGAUUAAAUCACAGGUUUUCAUUAUUCUUCAGGUUGAGGCCACAGUUUGACUUCCCGCUAACCUCCUUAUCAUUUCUGUUUGUCAGCCUCCUCCAAUGUACCAGUACACAAUGUCUACAGUCAGUCAAGGAAAAUACCCCAGGACCAAAGGUAAAUCAAGCUUUUUUUAAAUAAAUUUAUUGUUUUAUCAAAAAGUGAUGCUGUGAACCAAUAUAACUGUGAAAAUGUCCCUAAUCCAAAGUUUUGCUUAUAUAUCAGGGCUCGACAGUGCCCUGAUAUAUAAAUGUCAAAGCUCUUCUUUCUUAAUGUACUCUUUUUUUCCGAUUUUGUCAGCCUUAACUCUAAACUACGCCUAUAUGUGCAUAGAAGGAAAAGCGGGUCAGUUCAGGACUAACUUGUUCACCCAAAAUGUGAUCUGGGUCACAUUAAAAAAGAAAUCUGAACAGUCCACCAAAAAAAUCUGAUAUAAGCAACAAAUCGGAGCCUGAGGGACUGCAGUGUGAACGUAGCCCACUGUUCAAACAAGUGAAGUUUAAAAACAGUCUCCUUCUCUCACUGUAUUUGUAUGUUGAUGUUUAAUCUGUUAUUUUUCUUCCUCCCUCUUGUCUUUGGGGUUGCUCUCCAUCAGGCUCAGUUGUAGCUCCACGAUCUGACCACGGCACUUCAGCACCUCCCAUGUUACAGGCUGCAGCAUCGGCAGCCGGGGCGCCUCUAGUCGCAUCGCCCUACCCUCAGUCCUACCUCCAGUACAACCCACAGCAGUAUGGCCAGCAGCAGGUCAUCCAAGCCAUGACACCUUACCCUGGACAGGUAAGACCUUCUUAACUCUUUAUUAAACCUGUUUGGAAGAAUUUGAUGGUGGGGGUUGAGGGUUUACUUCUUAAGCUGAAUAAAAAACGCACCUGUUCAUUAUUUAUAUCUGUAGUUAAUUCGCUCUUCUUCUCUCCACCCUGCCAGCCCAUGUACUCCAUGCUACAGAGUGGAGCCAGGAUGAUAGGUCAAGGUGGAGGUCCCCACCCGCAAGCCUUGGGGCCCGGAGGCCCUCAGUUCCCUACACAGGGAGAUGGACCUCAGGGACCACAGCAGGGCCUCUAUGGUGAGUAAAACUAGUCCUGCGGGUUUGUUCAAAACAUAAAACAUCUGUAAGAUUUGUUUAUUCUAACCUCUCCUGUGCUGCACAUCAGCCGUUCACUACAAAAAACACGAUCAGCAUCACUGUUGGUUUGACAGUGAAGCACGAAGGUAAAGCAUAAUCUUCCCACUGAUUAUCUGAUGUUUUUCUGUCCAGCUCCGCAGUCCUUCUCCCACCACUCGGGUGCAGUUCAUCAACCCCAACCCUCCAGCACCCCCACAGGCAACCAGCCCCCUCCCCAGCACGCUGCUCCUAGCCCUGGACAGGUGAGAUAACAAGACACAGUUUUUCUUUCAAAUUCAGAGGAAGUACUCUGUAAUCUAUAAUUUAACUAAUGUGUGAAAGGCACAAGAACCUUCACUACAAUGUUAGUAGACUGUUAAAAUGUGUAAAAAUGGCAGCCGCUCUGUUUGCACUGGUUAGAGAGCAAGAUGUAGAAGAUCUGUAUCACUGUGGACAAUCAUUAUAGAUUCAAUGCACUUAUGAUGUCAAACUUCAUCUACAGACUAAAAUGUGAUGUACUUCUUUACUCACAAGUAUUCACACUAAUAUUUGUGUUGAGUUUGACCUAGGCCUGUGGUUUUUUAAGUCGCAGUGCUGACCCGUGAACAGAAUCUCUGUCUCUCCUUUAGUGUCUUUAGCUGAAACUUUGUUGCGAUGUCUUACUUUGUCCUGUUUCCGUUUUAUCCCCAUGCCAAUCACAACCUUGAAUCAGUUGGUCAGUGAGAAAAUGUUUAAGCUUUGCAUGUCAUCUGUGAAUUCAAAUAAGUCUUUUCACAUAAGUACAUCCCAGGAACCAUCUGUAAUCUCUGUGAUUUCUGACACUCCUUUCAGAACACCCAGUCAGGCCCACAGCCACAGUCUUUGUACCACUCAGGUCCCCUGUCAGCACCCACCCCACCCAACAUGCCGCCGGGCCAUACGUCUCCACAGGGCUCCUACUCCAUCCAGGGCUACAGCAUUCACAGCCACCAGGGCAUCCCGCCUACAUACCCCCUGGGACAGUUAGCACAGGUAUGAAACUCGUUAUCCUGAAACUCAUUCAUAAAUGAAACACACAUUUGUGUACGACUUGAAUCAUGUAUAUAUAUAUAUAUGCAUAUGUUAAUCAUGGAUAAGACUAUGCUAGUAAGUGAAGUAUGACAACAGACUGCUUUACCCUCCAAAACAAACAUCCUGUCUGUGAAUUUAACAGAGUACAACAUUUCCAUUGAUGAAAUCAGUGACUCUCUCCUGCUCCUAUGCAUUUACAGGACAUCAGGAGAGUCUGCAAAAUAAGAUGCAAGUGUAUUUGAAAGUGCAAAGUUGGGUUUUAUCUUACAAUUACUUCAAUAUUUGCUAUUCGUGAAGGUUUUCCCUUCUUCAAAACAAACACUGGGAAAGCCAUUUACUUAGUUGUACAAGCACGCCCUUUAUACUGAAACUGAAGUCCUCAUUGCAUCACCAUGUCUCUACCAUUUGACACUAAACAAACUAAUAACAUGAUCUUUGAACUAAGUCAGUGGCGGCAGAAACACACGCCGUUUCAAAGCAGAGUGUAGUGGUGUUUGUGUGCCAAAGACUUUGUGCUGGUAAGAAUUUAUGAUGGUAAAAACUUGACAAAUAGAGGAUUAUACUUCUGCAUCAGAGCAGCUUCAUGUCCUCAUAGGUCAUUAGUGCUUCACCGAAAAGAGGGAUGAGCAUCUGACCUAGAUAUCACUGUAUAUUCCCAUUUCCACACACAAUAAAUGAUAGUUGACAGAAAAGAGCAAGAAUACAGAAAACAUUUGUCGUGCAAGGUGUUUUCUUUUGUGAACUGCUGUGUUUCAUUUCUCUCCUGAUCAAAACUUGGAUUUCUAAAAUGCCAGGCCCAUGUACAAGGAGCCAUGUCAGGUCCCCACCACUCGGGGAGCCACGGUCAGCCCCAGUUAGUAAUGUUGCAGCCGCCCCCUCAGCAGGGUCCCGGCUCGGUGCCCCAACAUCCGCAGCAUGGACCUCAGCAGGCAGCGCACCAACAUUUUUACAUAGGACAUCCACAAGGUAAGAAACACAACACCAUCCCUUCUUAGUCUGCUCACGAUCAAGUUUUGUCGGUAUAUUUUGAGUUUUAAAGGCGUAGUUUGUUUUGAACAGUUUCUUUGUUUUCCUUCCACAGCGAUGCAGGUACCAACACACCCUGGUUCUUUCCACCCACCUGGAAACUAACCCCCAUCUGUACCCUCCCCUCCUAACUCCCCAAAAGUGUACCCAGGAAUGAGUCUGACAUCCCUCUGCUUGCUGGAGGUGAGACCCAGACUGAACGCGACUCUGGGUGGGGGGGGGGACUGACAUUAUCAUACACAGGAGAGAAGAAGACAAAAAGUCUCAGCACCUUAUCCUCCUGCCCCACCUGAAGGGGACCCUUUUAAUUCUGAAGUUGAAGGUUACAGAGGACAGCAGCGGCGCCUCAACUCCUCCUGCUGCCGCUGCCAUCCUGCUCCUCUCCAGUUCAUUCCCGUUUCAGAGACAUGGGGCACCUCGCUGGGCGGAUCAGUCACAAAGGAAAAAAGAAACACCAGAAGACUCUUAAACCUGAUGUGGGGUUUUUGCCAUGUGAGGUUUUGCAAGUACUAUGACAACAGUGGGAAAUAAAGACUCUGCAGGACUUUUAUGAACACAGCAUGAAAAGCAGGGACUGAAGAGGAGGGGAAUUUUAGCGAAUCAUUUUUUUUAACUCAAUCCUGUAGUUAAAACCACCCCCUUUUGCCCUUCUUCUCUCCUCCUGUAGGAAAAUAUAAUUAAUAAAAAAAAUGGACAAGACAAAAAAAAUAUUAAAAUAACAAUGACCAAAAAAUAAAGUUUUCAACUCAACUACAAA